AUGCAUACCACGCCCCCCUUUCUGCUCCUGCUCCUCCUCCUCGUCACAGCCGCGGCGGCGCUGCCCGGCAAGCCUCCAUCGGGCGGCAGCAACAGCCAAAAGACGACCUCCAACACUAACGACAACAACAACAAGAAGGGCAGCAGCGGCCGCAAAAAAGCCGAAGACACGCAACCCAAGUACUUCCACGAGGCCGGGUACACGAUGGAGCUAGGGCACUACGACGCGCGGUACUUCCAAGGUGUGGUGCCCUACGCGGAGCACCGGCCCGCGCUGCGGCGGCUGAUCCGGUCGUGGCUGACGACGGCGCGGGAGCUGGGCGUCGACACGUGGAUCGCGCACGGCACGCUGCUGGGGUGGUGGUGGAACGGGCGCGUGAUGCCCUGGGACUACGACCUGGACGUCCAGAUGCCGACGACGACGCUGUCGUUUCUGGGGAGGCACUUUAAUCGCACGCUGCAUGAUUAUAGGUUUCUUGUUGAAGGGGGGGAGGGGGAGGGGGGUAAUGGCACCGCUGAUGGGGGAGGAGGAGGAGAAGGAGGAGGGGGUGAGCCGUCCUACGUGAACAAAACGUACCUCCUGGACAUCAACCCGCACCACACGGACAUCGGGCGCGGCAACGGCGCCAACAUCAUCGACGGGCGCUGGAUCGACGUGAGCAACGGGCUGUUCGUGGAUAUCACGGGCCUGGCGGAGCGCGACCCCGCGGCGAGCCCGGGGGUCUGGAGCUGUAAGAACGCGCACCGCUACCGCACUACUGAGCUGUACCCGCUGCGCCGCGCUGAGUUCGAGGGCGUCCCGGCUGGCAUACCGUAUGCGUUUGAUAAGAUACUGACGGAUGAGUAUGGGGCCAAGAGCCUUGUGUCUACUGAGUGGGCUGGACACCAUUGGAUGCCAGAGCUCAAGGAGUGGGUGAGGAUGCCAGAGGAGGAGCAGAAGCAGGCGGAGGCAAAGCUGAAUAACCAGCAGAAGCAGCAGGAUAAUGGAAACGCGGUCGUGGUUGUCGUGGAGAAGACGGUUGUGAAAGGGGGUUAG